AUGAAAGACAUCGCUCCCCCGCUUGCUGACCCCACCACUAGCCCGACUCAACAGCCUUCAGAUUCGCCGACGCGUGUCAACGAGGCCGCCAAGUCAACGGCGUCGAGCAACGGCUGCAACGCCCAGGACGCCACAUGGUCCUGGCUUAUUGCCUUUGCCGUUUCUCUCCUCGCGGGCUUUGCCUUUGGCUUUGCCAUGCAAAAGUCAUGGGCGUUUGAUCCGUUUAUCGUCCGCCGCCAGUUUGCCUUUGCCAAUUGGAUCAUGAUCAAGGUCUUUGCUGCUGCCGGCGCAUCGACGGCCUUUGUCCUCGUCGCUGUCUCGUACCUCGCUCCAACCGCCUUUGCUGCCGUCAUGGACGGUGCGUACACCAAUGAUCGCGGGAUGGUCUCGGCCUUUGUCGGCGGCGCUCUCAUUGGUGUUGGUGGCUUUGUCAUCGCUGGCUCCUGCCCGGGCACCGUCUUUUCCCAGCUCGGCGCCGGCGUCCUCACCUCGCCGCUCACCUUUGCUGGUGCCAUCGUCGGCACGCUUGUCUACGGCCUCGUCCACCCUUAUCUCACCGGCGAAGCCCGCACCGCCAAGGCCUCCAUCUACUUUGGCGUGCCGUAUCCCGCCAUCGCCGCCUCGCUCGGCACCAUCUUCCUUCUCCUUGUCAUUGUCCUCGAAAUUGUCGUUCCGGCCAACAACGACCUUCCGGCCGGCACCACUGUCGAGCACGACUGGGUCCUCGCCAAGCGCGCUUGGCCGGCGUGGGCCUCCGGCCUCGUUCUUGGUUCGAUCCAGAUCCCGCUCAUCCUCGUCCUCCACAAGACGCUUGGCACCUCGACUGCGCUUGUCGCCUUCAUCUCCACCUUUCUCUCCCUCCUUCCUGCCGCCGCCCUCGACAAGCCCUCGCUCGCCUACUUCAAGGGCAAGCACAUCGGGCGUCGCCCGGGCUACACCCUCAUCUUUGCCCUCGCCGCCGUCAUCGGCUCGCUCUCCUCGGCCUACUUUGGCGACUCGUUUGCUGAGCUGCACGGCGUCCACCCGGCCGGCGCCUUCUUUGGCGGCGCGCUCAUGCUCUUUGGCGCCCGGCUCGGCGGCGGCUGCACCUCAGGCCAUGGCAUCUCGGGCACUGCCAAGCUCCAGUGGGCCUCGUUUGCCUCGUUUGCAGGCAUGUUUGGCUGCGCCGUCCCGCUCGGCCUCCUCUGGGAGUACGCAUAGGUCUACCAGAGCAGUGCGCUGUUUGUUGCUAUCCUGCACCUCUACUCUUAUCAAACGAAAGCAAGUGUGAUUGACUACGACGACGACUCUUCGUCCGAGCCCGAGUCCGAGCCCGAAGCAGAGGCCGAGCCGGAGGCCGAGGCCGAGCCGG